GGAUUUUGCCAGCGUCCACAUAUAAACAUUCAGCACUAGGAUUGUACGCAUUCGUACAAAAAAUGCUGUACUUUACACGCCAUGUUGCAUUGCACACAUAACAUGCCUUUCUUGAAAGGAUCAUGGCAGUGUGGCAUUAACAAAAUGCAGGGAAAUCUGAUACGGGAAUGCUACUACCUUGUACUCCCCAACUCAAGCAUCGGCCACAUGCACGCAUGUUCAGUUGAAAAACCCGAGCUGUUCGUUCAUGUGGUGUGCAAAUCCCUCCUGAUGCUACCGCUAUCUAGUUAAACCUUUUUUUCCCAAGCUUGUUAAGCAGGAUAGGCUGGCGUUGCAUGAGAAAAGAGGCAAAAGACGCCUGCUAUUGGUUACAGGACCACUGCCCAGAUGGUCGCGAUGCAUGCUAGCUCACACCACAUGUGCGUGGCGUGUGCCGUCUUGUGCUCUUUUCGUCCCUGGCUCGGGGAUAUAUAUUCACGCACACAUAAUGUCAGACACACAGCAAAUUCAAGCAGUGUGUCGAGGAGGAGGAGGAGGACUUCAUUGCUCGAGCAGAGCAGCGGCAAUGGGGGGCCCUAGCAGCAGCACCAGGGCCUUCAAGCAGGGGUUCCUCAGGAGCUUCCUCCUGAGCCUGAAAUCCUGCAGGAAUGGCGCCAUGUGCCUGCAAGAGAGGAAGCGAGCCGUCAGGUCGUCCGCCGACAUCGCCAUGGCCACCACCCGUGGCAGCGGAGCGAUGUGGCCGCAGGCCCUCCUAGCAUCAUCAUCGUCGUCGUCGUGGCCUAGGCUGUUGCCUGCUGCAUCCACGGUGAAGACGACGACGGGGCGGAAGAAGGUGGCGAGGAGGUGCUGUGGCCAGAGGAGGAGGACGAGCAGCGGCGAGAUCGCGAGGAGGCUGGUGAGGAAGCGGACCAAGGUGCUGCGGGGGAUGGUGCCCGGCGGCGAGCUCCUCGACGGCGCCUCGCUGCUCCGCGAGGCCAUGGACUACGUCGUCCACCUGCGCGCGCAGGUUGCCGUGCUCCGCCGCGUCUCCAGCGCCAUGCAACACAGACCAUCGUCCCACCACAUGGCAGGGGCUGUUGCACCGCCAGUGCAGUUGAAAACAGAGGCGAUUGCAACGGCUCAAGUCUUGGAUGGAGGCGAAGAAUAGCGAGAUCGCAGCAAUCCGAGCCGCCGAGGAGCGUGUGCGGAAUGGCGGAGAAGAUCUUGUAUUUGUUGAGAGGGGGAUGAGAUCUAGGAUCCCGGAACUGCGAGGUAGGACACGCAUUAGCAGCGGCUAGUUGUAGUGUCUGUCAGCGAGGCACAGGCAUUUUUGGGUGCACUAAUUUAUGGCAGGCCGGGAGGUGCAGGUGCUGGGAAUUCCCAGCUGGAUCAUGGCUUGUGAAAAAUGGACUUGAAAUUCGUUUGUGUUCGAUCCGGUUCGUGCUUA